UUUUUUUCGUGAUUUCAAAAACAGAAAAAAAAAUGGAGAGGAAUUCGAGUCAGUUCAGUCAAUCCCACACGGCUUCCUGGAUCAGAGGCAAGUGCGUAGGCCGCGGCGCGUUCGGGACGGUCAACAUCGGAGUCAGCAAGUGCGACGGUGAAGUGUUCGCCGUGAAAUCAGUCGACCUCGCCGCGUGUCUCCCCGGCCAUGCGGAGGCGCUGGAGAACGAAAUCCGGAUUCUCCGGUCGCUGUCGUCACCCUACGUCGUGAAGUAUCUCGACGACGAUUUCACGGCGCCUUCGUGCCGGAACCUGCACAUGGAGUAUUUACCGGGCGGCACCGUUAUGGACUCUGCUGCUGACAUGGAGGAGAGUGUGGUGCAGUCGCGGACGUGGUGCGUGGUGUCGGCUCUGGAGUACGUACACUCCCGCGGGGUUGUUCACUGCGACGUGAAAGGGAGAAAUGUUCUGGUGGGGCCCGUUCCGGGACAGGCGAAGUUAUCAGACUUCGGUUCGGCCGUGGAUUUGAAUAAGGACGCGUGUAGGGGGAGGAUUCUGCCACGUGGGAGCCCGCUGUGGAUGGCGCCGGAGGUGAUCAGCGGGGAGUAUCAGGGGCCGGAGUCCGACGUGUGGUCGCUGGGGUGCACGGUGAUCGAGAUGGUCACGGGGAAGCCGGCGUGGGAGGACGAGGGGUUCGAGACGAUGAGACGGAUCGGGUUUUCGGGCGGGUUGCCGGAGUUUCCGACCCGGCUGUCCGAAACGGGUCGGGAUUUUCUCGAUAAGUGUCUGAGGAGGGACCCAAAGGAGCGGUGGAGCUGUGAUCAGCUGCUGCGGCACCCGUUUCUGGCGUCGGUUGCGCCGAAUGCUGCGGCGGAUUCUUCGCCGCGGUGCGUGCUCGACUGGGUCAACUCGGAGUUCGAAGACGACGAAGACAGUUGUUCCAUUCACGAGGUUUCCGCAAAGGAGCGGAUUGGUAAAUUGGCGACCAGCUCAGGGGCAGAUUGGGAAUUUCAAGAGGGUUGGACGGUGGUGCGGGGUUGCGGAGUAGAAGAAAUGGAAUCCGGCGCGUUUUCGCGGGAAGAGACGAGUUUGGGAUAUUCGGAUUGCGAAGGGGCAUUUUCGGGAAGUGAAAGUUGCGGUGGCGGUGAAUUAGUGGAGUGGGCACGCAAUGAGUGUGAUACGGUUGGGCCAAGUGGUUGUUGGUAUGGGCCGUCGGUGAUGGAAGAUUCGGCGGUGGGAGAGUGGAGCGUCGGCAAAAGAAGAUCAAAGUCUUUAUGUAAUUUGUGUACAGACAGAUUAUUACUUUCAUAUUCUUUUGGGGUGGAAAUGAAUAAAGUACUGGGUUUUAUGAUGUGUUAUAUUGUUUUACCCUAUGUUGUUUUUGCUUGGAGAUAUAUAAUAAAGUCGAAAUAUUAUUUGAUUUUUGGUGAUGGGUGGGGACUCAUAAUUUUGUUUCUACUUUUGGUCCCAAAAGAGGAUAUCGUAGAUAGCAUUAAGCAAGUCUUGUAG